AUGACACGCAUGACCUUGAAAGAUAACAGGACACGUAUUGAAACCGUCUCGACAUCUCCAGUACGAAAAUGUACAAGAAAGGUCAAAAGAAAUAAUACAGUUCCUAAAACACUAGAUCUGCGAGGCUUUGGUGUCCCCACUGACGUUGUGAUCAUCGUCGAAGGUCACAGACUGUAUCUUAACAAAGGAAUUUUGUCAUCUGUAUCGCCGGUCUUUGACAAAAUGUUUCAUGCAGAUUUUAAAGAAAAGUCCCAGGAUGAAAUUUCGCUUCCGGGUAAAAAGUGCGAGGAUUUUAUUUCCUUUCUGUCAUGUAUAUAUCCCAGUAUGAUGGAAAGAGUAAAUAAGGACAAUCUUGAAAGGAUCCUACCUCUGGCAGACGAAUACCAGGUGGAACAGUUGAUGAAGAGAUGUGACGAGUUCUGUGUGACAUGGUUAACAGGAACUUACUUUGGCGGUGGUUUCUUCAAUUCUUUAAACAGGUUUUCGAAGUCAAAACAUUAUUCUAAUCAUUCACAUGUGGUGCAUAUGCUUGUUUUGUCUGAAAAAUAUAACUUAAAAGGAACAUGGCAAACAGCAUUUGCUUUGGCGACGAAAAUGAUUUUUUCAAAGUUGCAAAUGGAAAAAGAGUUUGGUGAAAUUUCAAGCCAGACUAUAAUGCAACUGAUGAGGAGACGGAUUGUUACACUUGAGACAGCAGAGUUAGAGCUUCUGGAGCAGGUGCCAUACUAUAAAGGUGCUACUGAUUUUCGUGAGGUACUCGGCGAAUAG